AUGAGUGGUUUGGAGGAAGAGGAGGGCAGAAGAGCAGAUUCUCCAAUAUCCAGCUGUCUGUCUAUAAAGAGUGAUGUUUCCAUAGAGCAUCCACCAUUUUUCAGUAAUGAACCUGGACCUUCAGACACAAAAGAGAUGAAAAAGAGGAGUCAUGUUUCUGUGAAGGAACAACUGUCCUGCUGUGCUUUGUGUCAGGGCGUCCUGAGAGAUCCAGUCUCUACCAGCUGUGGACACAGGUUCUGCAGACAGUGCAUCACCUCUGAUUCAUCAGGAGACUCCUCAUGUCCCCAGUGUGGAAAAAGGCCCAAAACUGAACUGCAGACAGCCAGUCAGACCAACACUGUACAAACAGUAAGUGGUCUGCAGGAGGUGUUAGAUGGACAUAAGUUAAGUCUCAGGAGGAGAUGCGAACGUGUCACUGAAGGAAUCAAUGAAGCAAGAAGUGGAACCCUCUUCAACAAGAUCUACACUGAUCUCUACAUCACAGAGGGGCUGAGUGAAGAGGUUAAUAACCAACAUGAGGUGAGGCAGCUUGAGACAGCUUCCAAGAUGAAGACCCUCCAUGAAACUCCAAUCAGGUGCCAAGACAUCUUUAAAGCCUUACCUGGCAAACAGGGACACAUCAGAGUCGUUCUGACGAGCGGCGUUGCUGGCAUUGGAAAAACCUUCUCAGUGCAGAAGUUCACUGUGGACUGGGCCGAGGGUUUGGAAAACCAAGAUGUCAGCCUGGUGAUUCUGCUUUCGUUCAGGGAGCUGAACUUGAUCAGAGAUGAGCAGUAUAGUCUUCUCAUGCUGCUCAAUGAUUUCCAUCCAACAUUACAGAAAGUCACAGCAGAGGAGCUUGCUGUCUGUAAAGUUUUGUUCAUCUUUGACGGCCUGGAUGAAAGCAGACUUUUACUGGAUUUCCACAACAAUGAGUUUGCGUCUGAUGUCACAAAGAAGUCAUCAGUCAGUGUGUUGGUGUCAAACCUCAUCAAGGGGAAUCUGCUUCCUUCUGCUCUCAUCUGGAUAACCUCCAGACCUGCAGCAGCCAAUCAAAUCCCUGGUACAUGUGUUGACAGGGUAACAGAAGUACGAGGCUUCACUGACACCCAGAAGGAGGAGUACUUAAGGAGGAGAGUCAGUGAUGAUAAGCUGUCCAGCACAAUCAUCUCACACAUCAAGGCAUCCAGGAGCCUCCACAUCAUGUGUCAGAUCCCAGUCUUCUGCUGGAUCACUGCUACAGUUCUGAAGCACAUGUUGACUAUAGAGCAGAGAGGAGAGCUGCCCAAGACCCUGACUAACAUGUACUCACACUUCCUGCUGGUUCAGACAAAGAGGAAGAGGCAGAAGUACGCUGAGGGGCAUGAGACAAGUUCACAGGAGCUGACGAAGGCUGAUCAAGAAGUUCUUCUGAAGCUGGGGAGGCUGGCGUAUGAACAUCUAAAGAAAGGAAACAUCAUGUUCUACCAAGACGACCUGGAGCGGUGUGGUCUUGAUGUCACAGAGGCUUCGAUGCACUCCGGAGUUUGUACAGAGAUCAUUAAAAGAGAGAGUGUAUUCUUCCAGAAAACAGUCUACUGCUUUGUUCAUCUGAGCAUUCAGGAGUUUCUUGCUGCAGUCUACAUGUUCCACUGUUACACCAACAGGAAGAAAACACAUCUGGAGGAUUUCCUUGGAAAUGCAAGGGAGUGUGAAAACAAUCCAUGUCUUGAUAUCUUCCUGCGGUGGGAAAUGACCAAGUCCCUCAAGAGUGAAAAUGGUCACCUGGAUCUUUAUGCUCGCUUCCUUCAUGGCCUCUCUCUCCAGUCCAACCAGAGACUCUUAGGAGGUCUGCUGGCCCCGACAGGCAACAGUCCAGAAACGAUCCAGAGAGUCAUCAAAAACCUGAAGGAGAUGAACACCCACAGAAUAUCUCCCGACAGAAGCAUCAACAUCUUCCACUGUCUGUUGGAGAUGAAUGACCUCUUGGUACAUCAGGAGAUCCAAGAGUUCCUGAUGUCAAAGACCCGCUCAGAGAAGGAACUCUCUGAGAUCCACUGCUCAGCUCUGGCCCACAUCCUGCAGAUGUCAGAGGAGGUUCUGGAUGUGUUUGACCUGGAGAAAUAUAACACAACAGAAGGGGGCCAACUGAGACUGAUUCCCGCUGUGAGGAACUGCAGAAAGGCUCUACUUCCUCGCUGUGGGAUCGCAGCCACUCACUGUGAAAUUGUGGCCUCCGCUCUGAAGUCCUACCCCUCCCAUCUGAGAGAGCUGGACCUGCGUCACAGCUAUGUGCAGGAUUUAGGAGUCAAACUGCUGUCUUCUGGGCUGAAGAGUCCAAACUGUAGACUAGAGUCUCUGAGAUUGAGUUUCUGCAGGCUGUCAGAGAUCAGCUGUGCCUCUCUGGCCUCCGCUUUAAAGUCCAACCCCUCCCAUCUGACAGAGCUGCAGCUGAGUCACAACAACCUGCAGGAUUCAGGAGUGGAGCUGCUGUGUGGAUACCUGGAGAGUCCACACUGCAGACUGCAGACUCUGAGGUUGUGGGACUGUAAAUUGUCAGAGAUGAGCUGUGCCUUUCUGGCCUCUGCUCUGAAGUCAAACCCCUCCCAUCUGACAAACCUUCAGCUGUGUGACAACAACCUGCAGGAUUCAGGAGUGGAGCUGCUGUGUGGUUUUCUAAAGAGUCCACACUGCGAACUGCAGACUCUGGGACUGAGCUGGUGCAGGCUGUCAGUGAAAAGCUGUACCUCUCUGGCCUCCGCUCUGAAGUCCAACCCCUCCCAUCUGAGAGAGCUGCAGCUGAGCCACAACAAUCUGCAGCAUUCAGACGUGAAGCUGCUGUCUGAUCUUGUGGAGAGUGCACAUUGUAGACUGGAGAUUCUGAGCAUCUACUACUGCCAUCUUUAUCAAAAGAUCAGCUGGCCACAUUUGGCCAUGAGGUGGGACCAGCACUAG